UAUAAAUGCUGCUUCCACUUUUGGAGGAAUUGGCAUACAGCUUGUUUCGGUGUAUUAAACUGGGAUAGAACAAACUAUUUUAACAAGUAAUUUCUUACUUAAAAUGCAAUAUGACUAUUCAAAUGUUUUUUUUUAUUUUAUGUUUUUGAAAUAAGUAACUUUUGCUCACCAUGAUGGCAUUAUUUGUGAAAAAAUGCAAUACAAACAGUAAUAUUGUGAAAUAAUUGUACAAUUUAAAAUAUAUAUUUUUUCUAUUUAAUUUAUUCCUGUGAUGGCAAAGCUGAAUUUUUUAGCAGUCACUUCUACACUAUCCUUCAGAAAUCAUUCUAAUAUGCUGAUUUGCUGCACAAAAAACAUUUUUUUUAUUAAUGUAGAUUUGUUGAAAAAAAAUCCUGCUGAAUAUUUUUGGGGAAAUCAUAAUGCAUUUCUUUCAGGAGUCUUUGAUGAAUUGAAAGUUCAGAAUAUCAGCAUUUAUCAAAAAAAUCUAAUCAUUUUUUUUUUUUGUACAUUUGUACAUGAAAAUUAUAUACAUUAAUUAAUAAUAAUAAAAAAACCUUUACAAAGAAAAUCAUUGCUGACCCCAAACUUUGAAUGGUAGUCUUCAGUCAAAUAUUUAUUUACAAAUAUAUUAAGAUAUUAACGCUCUACAGCUGACAUACUGUACUGGAUAAGCAGGUUAGAAACAAAGACAAAGUGAAAAGGCCAAUGUGUUUUAUAAUUAAACAGCCAUAAAUGACAUUUUAAUCAAAGUAUAAUUUAUGGCUGUUGUUAUGACGAGGUCUCUUGAAAUAUCUCAUAGCUGUUUGGGAGAAAGGUUUCGUCCAAAUGUUUUUUAGAGGGUGAAGCCUAUUUUGUCAAGUUUAAGCAGGUCACAGCAGGUGCCUAACUACUAAUAAAAACUUUAAGAAAUCUAAAAGUGUAGUUAAUCAAAUUGUUAAAUCAUGCCAUGUGUUGUGGCAUGGAGUAUGUAGAUUACAUGCUGAGCCAUGAAUGUGUUGCUGACUCUGAUAUGAUGUGUAUAAAUGACCUCACAUCUAAGGGUAGGUGUGCCUCGCUCAAGUCAAAAUAUUCUUUGAAUGCAAAACACCCUCUAAACAGGAAAUUCAACUUUUUUUUUUUUUUUUUGCAAGAUUGAUACCACUUCCUCAAAUAAAUGAGAGUAGCACGAAGUUUUACCUCAAUUCAUCUUGAAGAAGCUUAAUAUUUGAGAAUAAUGCAAUCUAACAGAGUGAAUUCAUGCAGAACCAAGUACUUGCCAGCAAAACUGCAAUCUCAGCCAUCCUCACCACAGUCUCGCUGUUCAUCUCCGUCAGUCUCCAGCAGCAAACUCAUGUCCCCAUCACAGAAGCACAGCAAGAAGGCCCUAAAGCAGGCACUCAAACAGCAGCAGCAGAGGAAUCAGCGGAGGCAGUGUGGGAUCCCCCGCGCCUCAAGCCCACGACUGCUCCUCAAGACUGUCAAAGACAUGGCUCAUGACUCCUCCAAAUCCUCCUGGGAGCUGAAACAGACAGAGCGCUGCCCUGCAAGUCCACAGAACUCUACCUCCAGCUCGUCCUCCUCUGUCAAAGCAGAUGUGUGCCACACAACUGGUGCCCGAAAGGUGUCUCAGCACUCCAGUCGGCUCAGUGCCAGACAACUGAGGCGUACCAAAUGUGAGAUAGAUGUGGAGACACCAGAUUCCAUCCUUGUCAACACCAACCUGCGAGCGCUCAUCAACAAGCACACAUUCUCAGUGUUGCCUACAGAGUGUCAGCAGAAGCUCCUUAAGAUGCUGCCAGAGGUUGAUCAGCAGGCUAGUAUGGACGGUGCACUGAAGGUGACCAGCUCUGCCUUGAACAAUGAAUUCUUCACAUCAGCAGCACAGUCUUGGAAGGAGAGGUUGUCAGAGGGUGAGUUCACGCCAGAGCUGAGACUGAGAAUGCGGCAAGAAAUUGAGAAGGAAAAGAAGGUGGAGCUUUGGAAAGAGCAAUUCUUUGAGAGCUACUAUGGUGAACAAUCUGGACUCAGUAUAGAGGAAUCCAGAGAGCUGACAGAGAAUAGGAGUGUUCUUGAACCGCCUAAAAGCACAGUCCUAUUAGAAAAGCCAGAGACUGUCAAAGAGUCUCAGAAGGUAAACCCGGUGACAGAGGUCAUCCACAUGGAGUUGAGAUCCAGAGAUGUGAAAUCAACAGUAAUGCAUGCCUCACCUGAAGAGCCAGUUAAACCUCCUACUCCAGAGCAAUCACGUUUUUCCUUAGACAUGAGGAAGGAUGCACAUGAAGAAUUGAUUCCAGAGUCCACUGUUCAAAAAGCAGUGGAGCCCAAACCUGGCAGUGAAGAGGCACUGGAGAAUGAGAUCACAUGUAAGACCCCAGUAUCCCCUUUAGAAACAGUGGUCACCUGUUUGAAAGGAAAAGAGACACAGACCCCUAAAGAUGAAAGUCUCGUUGGUGAGGCUGAACAAACGGUAAUGGAAAGGAAUAAGGCUGGAUCUCCAGUAACUGUUGUCACAUCUGAGCCUCUAAAAAGAAAAGCUUCCAGUGAACAGGAAACAGAGCUAAAAACAGAGAAGAAGCCUCGUGUCACUUCAUUAGAAGCAUCAUCCACAAUGACAGCUAAAGAAAAAAUACAACAGAGAGUACCUCCUCUCAAAAUCUCAGUGUCAAGAUUUUUAUCUGCCCCUGCGUCUACUGAACAGGUAUCUCCAAGGACUCCCGUUCCCGUUCCGUUGACACCCCCUAGCGUUCGUCCCGGUCGCACCGGUGCUCGCACUCUAGCUGACAUCAAGGCAAAAGCCCAGUUAGCACGUGCACAGCGUGCUGCAGCAGCAGCAGCCGGGUCAUCUUCCUCAAUGGGAACCGGCUCAGUUGGAGGUACCUCGACACCCUCUCCAGCUCGGUCCCUGUCAGAAGAUUUUUCACCAGCAAGCAGCAGAAGUCAAUCUGUGUCGCCUAUAAAGUUAAGCAGUGGAUCUCCAGCUCCUGAAGGCACAGUGACUCUCUCACAAACCUCUCCUUCCUCAGGUCCCACUGGACACUCAGACCCUGGUCUUGCACAAGCCUUCAGUGCAAGCCAGGGAUUUUUAAAAGAUAAUUGCUCUUCGAUGGGGUUGCAAACCACUCUGUGUACACUGAACCCAGCACCUUCAAGUCAGGCAGGUAACUUGAUUGUAUUGAAUACAGUUGCACAAAACCAGAGACCACAGCAGAUACCUUGUUCAGGAGCAUCAGUGACCAAGCCUAGUUCUUCAAUCCCAGCAAAUAAUCCUCUGGUCACCCAGCUUCUUCAAGGUAAAGAGGUUCCCUUAGAAAAGAUACUCCCAAAGCCACUUGCCAAGGUGGAGGUUCAAUCUGUGGCCAUUUCUGCCAGAGAUAAAGGUAAUCUUGGUACCACCACUGCUGGGUUGAAAACAAACCAAGAUGAUUCCAACAAAUUUGGGAACCAUGUUCCUUUUGGUCCAUCAGUGAUGCAAACUAGAAGUGUGGACAAGUUGAUCAAAGUUGGCAAUCAGGACCAGACGCUCCAACCGCUAAGGGACAAAUACGUGCAGAAGAACACCAUCUCUGACUGUCAACCCUCCCAAUUUCAGUCUUGUCAGCUAGGUCACGUUGAGGGUAGCCAUGACCAGAGUGUCCAUCUAGGCAUCUUUGGACGGAAAAGGAUAUCCAAGCCAGCUAUGACAGGACACUACCUCCUCAAUGUCUCCACAUAUGGUAGAGUAUCUGAGAGCAGCAAACGGCCCCAUCUAACUAGUAAUAUAAGCACUGCCCACGCCAGCCUGAAGAAGGAGAAAAUCGAAGCCGAGGAGAAUGGGAAAUCAGAGACUGAAACAUUUGCAGGGUCUUCUACCACAUCUCAAGGACACCUGAAUUUUCCAAGGGUAAAAGUGGAGAAGCAGGGAUCUGUCAUGAAUAAACCAGAUGGUGAUUUGACACCCCAACUCUGCUCUGAUAUAAAGUCUGAAUCUCCAUCGCUGAGUUGUUUGUCCAACAAAGACGAAGGUAACACUUCUCUUAGAACCAAAGAAACAUACUCAAGAGUGCAGCUUGAUAUGUGCAGCGGUAUACAGGGUAAAACAGAGCCAUAUCAGUUAGGUGACUGUCACCAACACAUGUUCUUGUCUCCGAAUGAACAGAAUGGUCCUCAGUAUGGUGGCACUAUCAGCAUGUCUGUCCCUCAUGCACUUAACCACAGCAUGGCUGACACUCCAACUUCUCCCACUGUGUCCUGCAGUGGUGAUGGUGAAACGGCUGCUGGAGGUAUGAUGUCUUUUUCCGUCACUGUCACUGCCAUACCUGCUGGUCACCUACUGGAUCAGGACAGUCAGGGUGAAACCUCACCCGAGCAAGCCUUCAUAGAAACCUCUGCGAUGGAGGACGUCCAAUCAAAGUGCUACUGCCGGCUGAAGGCCAUGAUUAUGUGCAAGGGAUGUGGCGCAUUUUGUCAUGAUGAUUGCAUUGGUCCAUCCAAACUAUGCGUCUCAUGUUUGGUGGUGCGAUAAUGGUCAUGAGGAUGAACUGCAACUUGUUCGUUCAUUUAUUGGCUGCAUCCGAAAACUUAGGCAGGUGACUUGCUGCAUCGCUCCCGUAUCAGACAAUGACUUUGCAGGAAGCGCUUUUUGCAUGAAGGUACCUCAUGAAACUGAUUUAGGGCCGACUUCUGAGGCAGAGUAAUGGUUAAAUGAUCUACAUCAAAAUAUCGAGAGCUUUGGUGAUAACUAAGUGGAUAUUUAAUUACUGCAAUAGUAAUUUCUCGCUAGAAAUGACAUAAAAAGUGGAAAACGUUUAUCAAAAACAUACAAAAAAGACCUCAACUUUCAGACGCCAUCUUUAUUUUUUGGCUUAAACUGUCGCAGAAUGGAAUGCACAGCAUUGUGGGAUAUUAAAAUCAGCGAAGCAUACUGUACAUCUAUGCUUCCUUCAAAAAUCGGCCAGAUGAAGGCAUCUCGGGAGACAGGAACUGAAGCUAUCAAUGACUUCGGACGUGCCUUGAUGCCUUCCUACCUUGGAAUGCGUCCUCCGAAGGCCGCAUUUUUCAGUUUUCGGAUGCAGCUAUUCAUUCAAAAAGAAGCAAUCGCUGAAGUGAGGGUAACAGAAAUGUUACGACAGUACAGCAGUGACUCUCUCGCUGUGGUAACCUGUUUCUUGUAUCCGUUGUCAUUUGAUAGGCAAGAUGUUGUGCUGAAUGGGGGGAACUCCUUAAGAAUGAAUUGUGCCUGCUAAUAGUGCUGUUUAUUUGCACGUACAUUCUGCUUUGUUUUAGCGGCUGAUUCAGGAGUUAUGCAAAUCGGGUAACAUGACCAACAAGCCUGUGUUAUUCUUGCAAGUCCGUUUUGAGUACUUCGUUGUGGCGAAUUCAGCAGACUAACAUGAUCUGGCAUGAUUUACUGGGACUGUUUAGUCUGGCGGCAGUAAUGCAAUCCAGACACCCGAAUCGCCUCUUUAAAGUGCCGAAAGUGAGCUCGACUACACUGUAUGUCUGGAUAUGUAUCCAUGCUUUUAAUUUGCAGUUUGAGCGCUUUAAGCGCCUGGUUAAACUGGAUUGCGGGUGCUUUGUAAAGACGCCACAGGUUUUUUGUGGCGAAAUGCAGAGCGCAAAAUUAGUCCAACUGUUUAGUAAUUUCGCCAAUUUGUUUCUCUUUACAAUACAAACAUAAACAGCAUGCUAGAAGAUGAGGUGUGAAAAAUGUGCAAUGCUGAUUAAUACUUCCUCUCAUUCAUUGAGCACCUUGUUUUAGACUCAAGACUCAAUAUUGAACAGUGGCAAUAUUUAAGGCUUGUUCUAUUUUUGUACUAGAUUUUCAGGAAUGGAAAUGAAUAUACUACUAUUUUUGUAGAUGUAAAAAAUCAUGAUUCCCUCCAACCCUCAAAUUUCGGAUCUUUUACACAUGAUUCACACUAGUUUGCUGGAUUAGAAACCGAUAACAUCAAUAUUUAGUCUUUGCACAUCCUGUAAAGCUAUUUGUUGGUUGGUUUAAGCCUUUGUGACACAAGCAAAAGAACCACACGACUGAAAUACCAAUUUCUUUGCAGAAUUACUGUGAAUAUGUACACCUAAUAUAUUAACCUGCCUUGAUACUAGGUUUAUAUGGUACUUUUCAGAGUUAUUUAUGGGAUAGAAGGGAGUUGUCAACAGGCUAGCACUUCUCUAGAUUCUCUAGACAGAUUUAUACUGAUAAUGGCAAUAAUUUGUAUAUUUACAAUAUUUAUAAAAUUGAGAACAUUAGUCCAUUUACGUCUCAUUUUCUUCAGAAAAAAAAGGAUUUAUUAGCGUUGCACUUUUUUAUGUUCAGAAAAUGACUUUGCUAACGAUCUAUAGCUUUUAAAAAAAUGAUGAUUUGUAAAGAUUGAAAGAAACAAAGCACUUAAACAAUCUGUUGUACCCUCUCAGGAGCAAAACCAGGUCUUAAUCAUUUCAGUAGCCUGUGUCUAAUCAGUUUACGUCACACAAGUGACAUUGCCUCUAAUUGGAAUAGUAAAGGCUCUCUGUAACCUUUGUUUUUAGCGAUAGGAAAAUAAUGCAGAGUAUCAGCAGCAAAACUGCAUGAGCAAUGAAGUUAAACACUCAGAAGGGAGAUUUUAUGAAGAAUCUUUUUUAGGAUUGUAAAUACCAACUUUCUGUUACAUGUACAAACAUUUCUACAAAGCAUUCUUGUAUCUUGCCUAAACAUAUCCGAUUGUCUGAUAACUAAAGAUUUUUAUUUAUGAAAUACUGUCCAACACAUCAUAAUUUUAAUCAUGUUUCAACAUUGAGUGGUGUGGUUUAAUUUCUGUCCUGAAACAAUUCUGCUAAACAGAUACAUUUUGAUACCCAUAGUUCUAUGUAUGUUAGGAAAAAAAAACAUAUAUAUAUAUAUCAUCUGCCUUACAGGCAAUAGAAAUGUAAAACAAUUUUAGAUCAAAUUUGCUUGGUAAUAUACCAAAGGCGAUUUAUGGGGACUAGAUAAUUAGAUUUUGUUUUUAAUGUCUGUCUAGUUAAGCAAAGUAAUAUAUUUUAAGUAAUAUAUUUUAAUAAAAAGAAGUCUAUUUACAAAUCAUCUUAAAAAAAACAUUUAAGAAACAGGGUAUUUACUAUAUCUUUAUAUUGACUGUCCCAUUUUGUUAUACCUUUGUUUAAGGUGUACAUAAAAGUUUUACACAAGUGUUUUUUUUUUUUUGUUUUUUUUUGUAGUACCAGGGUUCUUGUGAUAAGUCUGAUCUGUUGAUAUUUUUGUGUGGCUAGUUUUGCCUGUGAUGGAUUGAUGUGUCCUCACAGGGGAUUUUUAAUUGACUAAUAAUAUGUGUGUGAAACUUGCAGCUCACUUUAUUGAUUAUUGAAAGUCCAACUUCUUACAUAAAAUAAAAAUUACAAAUCCACAGGUUUAUGUUGUAUGAAUCAAAAAGUAACUAGCGUGGUGGUUGGGUUGUGCUGAAAGUCUUUGGGUGUGAGGUUGUUUCAAGGUAACUGGCUUCCAUUGGCUUUUAUCAGUGUAGGUAAACUGUCGCUUUUAUUUACUUGUAUAUAUGCAGCAUUUAAACUCACAAGAGACUCAUAGAAUAUAACUGUGAUAUCUCCAUUAUACAUGAUAUCAGGCCUUAGAAUUUCUUUGAAUAAUAAUAAUAAUAAUAAAAAGAUAUUUAGGUUUAUAAUUUCUUGAAAAUUAUAUAUUUUGUCAGAGGUGUAAACAGCAGCGUCUAACUGUUGUUGGUCAUCUACUGUUUUCAUUACCUGAUGGAGCUGCAACGCGUGAUUUACCACUUUCUCUAUCGCCAACCUUAUAUUCCUGUGACAUUUCACAAAACACUUGGAUUUUUCAUUUUUGAGGCAAUGUUUUCAUCUGCGGACCCCUGAAAUUAUGUGACUCUUAGUGCAGGAGGUGAACUUGGAUUGGCUUCCACAAUGUGUUUUUAAAAAUUUUUAAGUCCGAUAUUUCAUGUAAAAUAAAAGUGAAUGUAAUAUAGUAAUUGUAAUCAGCAAUUGUAAGCAAAGUGUAUUUUAUCAAGAAACAAUAUGAAUAAAAUGCUGUAAAACAAA